AUCUUCUUUGGUGUUCAGCACGAGAAAAAAAAAAAAUAAUACACAUUUGUAGGGGUGACCCCGAAUAGUCGACGAUUCGAAUCUCUCAGUCGAAUAUUCGCGGGGUGUUAUGGUCAUGCCAUUUUGGUUAUAUGGGGGUGCUCAAUGUCUGAUUUCACAUGGAACUACCGUGUUUCUCCCAAUAAGUUAAUAUACAGCCUAUUGUGAUAAUGCUGUAAAUAAGAAUCUGAAAAGAAAAACAGUUUUUGAUAAAUAUUUUAAUGUGCCUGAAUAAAUCCAACCACCCCUAUAGAUGUAAGUUUCACUUUCCAUAAUCCGUGACCGACAGAGGAGCAUCUUGGCGGCAAGGAUUUAAAACUUUAACAAGACUCAAAUUGACACAGGCAGAGCGAAAGACUGGAUUUUUGUCGAUCAGGGUGAGAGGCAUCCAGCUGCAGCCCCGCAGACUCACUUCUUGCUAGACACCAGUGGCUGGACACCAGUGGAUGGACAGCAGACGUCAUUUCCGUAUCAUCAUUCACUUUUCAAAUUUGACGCGCCAUGCAGAUGUCAGCGGCAUGCUAGAAAGUUUGCUCACUGGACAGACAUGGCAAAGGCUGUGGUUAUGGGGAAACUUCAGCCAGUUUUCCGCAUUCCAAGGAAACGGAAACUUGAACAAGUCAUGCAAGAACAUGCAUACACCAAGAAGGCAGAGAAGCACCGCAAGCUAGAGACUCGUCCUGAGUCCUUGGAUCCAGGCACUUCCCUGCUUUUACAGAUGCCAAAAAGUGUUUUGGAGGAGGUUUGUCUUGAGGUGAUCCUCUCAGACGGAGAUGCCGCCUACCUUACCCUGUCAUUAACAUGUACAGCCUUGAGGGAUGUGGUGAGCAGUCUAGAAUUUAGACACCGGGCCCAUUAUGCUUGGCUGGAGAGUGUGGUGAAUGUCAAAAAACUGCCCCAGGCUGUAAGAGACAUGUGUGUCCCUUUUAAAAUUGUGCAAUGCAGAAAGAAUGCUGUCUAUCCACUGGUGAAAACCGAACAUAAAUAUGCUGUCUAUCAAUAGGUGAAAAUAUAAAUUAAAUAUGUUGUCUAUCCAGAAGUGAAAAUAUAAAUUAAAUAUGUUGUCUAUCCAGAGGUGAAAAUAUAAAAUAAAUAUAUGUCAAUCCAAAGGUGAAAAUAGGAAAUAAAAUUGCUGUGGAAAAACGGAAAUUAGCGGCGAAACGGAAAUGACAGAGAAAAUGGAAAUGACGUAGGCUGUCUAUCCACUGGUGUCUAGCCGGAGGUGAGUCUGCGGGGCUGCAGCUGGAUGCUAUUGCUCAGGGUCGCGUGUCUUUUCUUCUCUAGAAUUGCAUCCAGGAGGAAUGAAUUACAUUCUGGUCAAACCGCAGGCUUGCAGGCUCUAGCAUUAGGUCAUGUGAGAUCAAACGAUUACUCGACAACAAAAAUAUUUGUCGACAAUUUUUUAUUGUCGACGUUGUCGAUAAUGUCGACUAAUCAUUUCAGCCCUAAUGUCCACCUUUUGCAGCAAUUACAGCAGCACAUCUCUCUCGCAGCGUGUCAAUACACCGUAUUGUCCCGAAUAUAAGACGACCCUGAUUAUAAGACGACCCCCCUUUUUCCAGAUGUACCUGUUGGAAAAGGCUUUUUGAAAAACAAAUCUUGUUUUUUUUGGGGGGGGGUGGUUCUCUCUCUGUAAAACACAUUUAUUCUUAAAUUAUUUUCAUAUUGCAUAUUUUUCCAAUUCUAAUUUUUGUUUUGAAAGUAUGGUAAAUACUGGUAAAAUGUACCAACAAUGACAUUGGAAAAUUUUGAUAUACCAUUGAAAUAACAGGUAGCCCAUCUGAAUUAUAUAACAAUUAGGUUAUCCAACUCAUAGUAGCCUACCAAAAUGUUAUUAUCAGUAGACGUGAAAUCUUAUUGUAGUCUUCAAAUCUGGGUACUGUCUUAUGUUUUAAAAUCACUUACAGAGGAAGUUUGGUCCCAUCAGGCUAACAUGACAGUCACGAUCAUGCUGCUGUAAGCUUUUCUUUUUCAUUUGUUUUCAUUCGCGAUCUUUACAACACACAUUACAUUACAUAUUUCAUGGCACGCUGGUUUUAUGCGUUGUUGGCGCCACCUAUUGUUGUGGGUGUAUUAUUGACAUGUCAAAGUCUAGACCCUGAAUAUAAAACGACCGCGUUUUUUCAGAUGUAUUUCCAAGGAAAAAACAUCGUCUUAUAUUCGGGUCAAUACGGUAUUUCCUGAGAACUUCAACACUAAUGUUAUCCCAACUCAAGACAAAGGCUUUCCUUUGAAUGUAUAAUAGAUCUGUCCAUUUUAUUUUCCAACUCGCCCCAAAUUUGCUCGAUGGGGCUGAGAUCGGAACUUUGAGGGGGCCAGUCCAUCAUUUUCAAUGUUCCAGCAGAUUCCUUUCAUCGCAGGUAGCUGUAUGCCAAGUGUUUUAACAAUUUUGGCCACCACUGUGUGAAAAAUGUUCUGGUAACACAACAACAAAAAAUGUGCAAUGCUGUAGCAUCAUUAUUCUAAAGAUUUGCAUUUAAGGUGAAUAGGGUCAUCCACAGGAAUACAGGAAUAUUGAUUUACAAUAAAUCACUCAUGUAUCACGUUGUUAUACAGUGAAGCUGCAGUAUUGAUUCACAGUUAAGUAUAGAGAUUGUCAAGCAUUAAGUUUUAGUAGAGUACGAUUUGUUAACUAUG